AUCAUAUCUAAAUGAGUGAUUGAUCUGUACAUGUGCAUGGUAGACAUCUCUAGCCAUGUCUUUAACAGAAGCAUUACUCUCGCAGGGCUCCAGCACAGGUACAAUAUUUGGUGCCUUGCUAGUGUGUUUGGUUAUUUAUCUAUUCACCAUCAGCUCCAGCUCUCAGGAUAAGGGAGAAAAAUAUCCUCCAGGACCCAAACCACUGCCACUGCUGGGAAACCUGCACAUACUCAAUCUCAAGAAAACCUACAUAAGCCUUUGUGAGCUGGCGAAAAAGUAUGGGCCAAUUUACACGGUGCACUUUGGCCCCAGAAAAGUGGUGAUAUUGUCAGGAUACAAGAUCAUCAAGCAGGCACUAGUGAACUUAUCAGAGGAGUUUGGAGACAGAGAUAUUACGCCUAUAUUUAAUGAUUUUAACCAGGGAUAUGGGAUUGCAUUUUCCAAUGGUGAAAACUGGAAGGAAAUGAGACGCUUUGCUCUCGCAAACCUGCGAGACUUCGGAAUGGGCAAGAAAAGAGGCGAAGAGAUUAUCAUUGAAGAAGCGAAACAUUUAAAAGAGGAAUUUGAGAAGAAUGAAGGAAAACCAUUUGAAACAACUCUGCCCAUGGCCAUGGCUGUUUCAAAUGUCGUCUGUGCUAUUGUCUACAGCGGCAGAUUUGAGUAUAGUAACACCAAGUUACAUCACAUGAUCAGACGAUCUUUUGAAAACAUGAAGUUGACUGGAUCAGCUUCAGUUCAGAUCUACAACAUGUUUCCUUGGACUCGGCCUUUUGUGGCAAAUCAGAAACGUAUCGUGAACAACCUCAAAGAAACGCUCAGACAAACCGCGGAAAUAAUAAACGGUCUGAAGAAGACUCUGAACCCUCAGGACCCCAAAGGAAUUGCUGAGUGUUUCCUGAUACGACAACAAAAAGACGAGGAAUCUGGCAAAACAGACUCUUUUUAUAAUUCAAAGAAUUUAUACAUUACAAUGAACAACCUAUUUGGUGCUGGUACCGACACUACGGCCACAACGCUACGCUGGGGUCUUCUGCUCAUGGCCAAAUACCCUGAAAUACAAGUCAAGGUUCAUGAUGAGAUUGACCGAGUGAUCGGUAGACGUCAACCCAUGGUGGAAGACAGGAAGAACUUACCAUUUAUAGAUGCUGUGGUCCAUGAACUCCAGAGAUUUGCAAACGUGGCACCCCUUGGUUCCGCCCGUCGGACCACCUGUGACAUUCACCUGAACGGAUACUUCAUCAAGAAGGGUACCAGUGUGUGGCCACUACUAGUGUCCAUAUUGAGGGAUGAAAAUGAGUGGGAAACUCCUGACAGCUUUAAUCCAGGACAUUUCCUAAAUAAACAGGGCCAGUUUGUCAAAAAGGACGCCUUCUUGCCCUUCUCUGCAGGACGCAGGUCUUGUCCUGGAGAGAGUUUGGCAAAGAUGGAGAUCUUCCUGUUCUUCACCACCCUCCUUCAGUAUUUCUGCUUCACUCCUCCUCCUGGAGUGUCCAAAGAUGAUCUGGAUCUCACACCAGUCGUGGGCUUCACCCUGAAUCCGGUCCCACACAAACUGUGUGCAGUCAAACGGUUUCAGAAUUAAAUAUAAGCUGUUUAAUGUUACUAUUUUCUAUCAGUUUACUUUUUCGCUUGUGUGAUGCAUUUAUUCAUUUAGCUUUCCACUAGAAACACAUUCGAUGUUUAUCACUUUUUAGAUAAAUAACUACAGUGCCUUUGCUCUUCUUAAGUUUAAGAGCAUGCUAAAUAUGUAAAUACAUUUAUCACAUUAAAAUCAUGCAAGUGUUGUUGGUAAUGUCUAAAACUGAUGGUAGCACUUAAAUUAAACAUGGGAACGUUGUGAAAAGUUGCCUACAGUUGGUUUGUAUAGCCACCUUUACAAAAAUUAACCAUGGUUUAACUAUAGUAACCAUGGGUUUUGGGUUUUAUUUGUAGUAAAACCAUUCCAGCAGGCACCGGACAUCAAUGUAAUGUCAGCUUGGACAUGACAUUGGACAGACGUUGCAUUUUGGUUGAAAAGGAAAAUUGGGUUGAAGUCAGUAUUUGAUGUCAAUUUGACAUUGACUUAACAUUGGAUUUUGUUUACACUACCUAAAAACAACAAAAUUUCAACAUCAGCUGAUGUAAUUAUUGGACAUCAAAUUAAUGUUGACAUUAGACGUUGAACUGACAUUGAAUUUUGGUCACCAACGUCGCAGCGGAAAUGUAGCCAAAUACCAACGUCUUAUGUGACUGUAUGACUGCUUGGAUGGUUAAUUUUUAUAAGGGCAAAAGAUGAGAAUUGAGAAAAGAGUCUUUGAAACAUAAUUAAAUAAACAAACUUUUCUACA